AUGGCUCAGUCAUGUUCGACGGUCCCAGUGGAUGUGUUACGCGAUUUAAACUUGGGACUUGUCAGACAUACUCGUCUUCGAACGCUUGCCUACGAUAAUCGUUUGGACUCUCUUCGUAUUCUUCACAAACAUCCGAUACAGAAUGUUACCCUCCCAUCUCUUGCAUGGAUAUUGACCAGACAGAAAACGCUUUCCUUUUAUGUGGUGGAAUAUCGGGGAAACUAUACCUCUCCAACCUUUACUUCA